AUGCCAGAUAAAGUUCAAGGUCAAGGUGCUAUUGGCCAAACGAAGUCUACGAGCCCUGCUUUGGUGGGUGUGCAGAGGUUUCGUGCGACAACCCUCGAAACCACCUGCGCCCUUGUUAUCCGUACUGCGAACCUGGAUGUGUGUGUGCGGAGCCUUACAACACAAAUGGGCAUACCGGUACCCACGAAGAGAAUAGCAAAGCCACCUGCACCAAAAUAUGUAGCAGCUGCAAAAACACCAAGAAGUCAUGCAAAGCGAGAUGAUGCGUUAGAUAUGGACGACAGUGCAUUGCCGCCUAACAAUCACGUUGAAGAUUUCAAGAGAGCUUCAGAGGUGUCAAGGAUGGGCAAUUAUUUCAAUAUUGUGAUCGCUCCCCCGCCUAUCAAAGCAUUACAACCCAGGAAAUUGCUCCAUAAUGACAAUUUUCGACCACCCGCUAAACAAAUCAACUGA